CUUUAGUAUCACUAACCUAUCGGGACACUACUCACCCUUUCCCCUGCCUCUUUGAACUCAGACCCUGGAAAUGGCACCUUAUCACCCUCCUCCCAAUACCAACGCCUAGUCUCCGCAGUUCUCAAGAGCUCCACCGGUGGCGGACACACCCCUGAUCCAGCGCUCUUCAACCCGCGCUGUUUCCCCGGUGAUUACAAUGAAUUUGGCCCCAGUGGGGCUGGAGGUGAUCCCGGGGGUCCACAGUAAACAAGCACCAACACUACAAGUCUCCGAGAUGCAGAACCUGAACACAGGGAUUAAAAGUUCCUAUGGCAGAUUGUAUGUGCAGGUCUGAGCGCUCAUACUAAGUUCAGACUCAAAUGUUCUGGUCCUUCAUGCUGGGGACUUGUAUAUUUGACCGGCUGACCGAGAACAUGCCAGACCCUUACCAGGAGGAGACUGGCGGGUGGAUUAGGCUUGAAAUGCUGGCAACAGAGACGUUGGAUCAGAAGUUCGUGGAUCAAUUCUUGGCCCUUUAGCCGGCGUAUGCUUGCCCUCCUGUCUGGUGUAGUUUUCCUUUCUCAUUUUUCGUCCGCCCUUCCCGUCCCCGUCGGAGUGAAUCUCGCUCGGCUUCCCUCCACUUGUUUGCUUGUUUCCUUCAUCGAGACUUAUGCGCUAGGUUCCUCUCCCUUCUUUUUCCCAAUUUAUUUUUUCUUCUUCCUUCCUCUUUAG